CUUCUUAUAAUUUUCUUCUCUUUUCUCAUUGAAACUUGAAUCUCUAAUCCUUUUAAUCUUCGCAAUUCACACGAGGUUUUAACUAUUCCUUUUGAAGAUUUUGUUGUGCACAUGGUAAGCAUAGUUAUGGAUAAUUGUAACGGCGGAUCAAGUUCUUCUCCGGCGCCUUUUUUGGUGAAGACUUAUGAAUUGGUUGAUGAUGCGUAUACGAAUCCAGUUGUUUCAUGGAGCCAUAACGGACGUAGCUUCGUGGUUUGGAAUCCACCUGAAUUCGCCAGAGACUUGCUUCCCAAGUAUUUUAAACAUAACAAUUUCUCCAGUUUUAUCAGACAACUUAAUACUUAUGGGUUUAGAAAGGUUGAUCCUGAACAAUGGGAGUUUGCGAACGAGGAAUUUUUAAGAGGACAGAGACAUUUGUUGAAGAAUAUUUAUAGACGAAAGCCGAUCCAUAGCCAUUCUGCAACAGGGCAAUCAGUGGCUCCGUUGACUGAUUCCGAAAGACAAGAGUAUGAAGAUGAAAUUGAGAGGCUCAAGAGAGAAAAUAGUUUUCUUCAGUCAUCUGCGGAGAAUCAAGAGAAAUUUAAUGCAGAAUAUGAAAUUGGAAUUAAGUCUAUGGAGCAGCGUUUACAGAACGUUGCUCAUAGACAGGGGAAAUUGAUUUCCCUUUUAGCUCAAUUACUACAGAGACCUGAAUUUUCCUCUGAUUUUAUUCAAUGCACGAACAAUAACAGCAAGAAGAGACGGUUGUUAGUGUCGAAUUACUUAAUUGAGGAGGAAAAUGCAACUACUAACUCUGUAGUUGCACCAAAGUUGGAUUUGGAAAUGGUUACAAAGUUGGAUUCUUCGAUCAAUUUUUGGGAGCGUUUUCUUUAUGGUAUUCGAAUGAACCCAACAGAAGAUCAAAUGUGUGAUUUUGAGCAUACACAACCUUUACCCUCCCCGAUUGUUUUACGCGAAAUGGAUACUUCAUCUGAUGAUUCUGGCAAAAGAAACUCUCCUAUUGAUCAUUCACCAUCCCCUUCAAGUAAUAUCCAAUCCUCGUCCGAGUUAGGAGGAGAACCUUUGAGUCCUGUAAUAUCAUCAAUUUAUGUCAAUUUAGAAUGUCAACUUAAGCCAUCUGAUCAGAGUUGUUUGGUUAUUGAUUCGAUGAAAGAUCAGGUCGAGGGUAAGACCACUAAAGCAUCUGAAUUAGUAUCAAACUCGGGUAAUGAUGUAUUUUGGCAACAGUUCUUAACAGAGACACCUGGUUGUACUGAGCCACAACAAGUUGAGAGCAAAGACGUUAACGGAUUAACAUGUGAUAUUAGGUUAGGGGAAAACCAUAGGUAUUGGUGGAAUCAAGGGGUUAAUAUAGAAAAUCUUGCUGAACGGAUGGGGCAUCUUAGCAGUCCAGCAACAUGAAGCUGAAUUGAUUCAAUAUUUUCUUUGACAUUUAUAGCUAUUAUUGUUGUUGUUUUCUUCUAGAUUUGAUUAUCAGAUGUCACACAGGAGCACUUGCUGGUUUGUUGUGUAAUACUAAAUAACAAAUAAGAGUUCCAAGUCCAGAGAUCACACACUAGAAGUUAGAUGUUAAUUUGCUCACUUUUUGUGGAACUUUUAGUGUAGACUUUGCUUGUAAUUAUCACAGUUCUAAGUAUAAGAUAUUUAUGAUAGAGGAUUAGAGAUAUUAAACAUUAAAAAGUUAAAGCUUAAUUUUGUUUAAGUUUAAUAAUAAAGUAAUGGAAAUCGACCUGCUCUUU